AUGGGCAAUGCUAGCAAGGCCACGGGUCAGAUUGAUCUUGAAUGUAUCAAUAAUGGCCAUGUUCUAAGUUUGGAAGACCAGCUGCACUUAAUACAACCUUUUACGUAUCAUGAAGUUCGCUCAGCCAUGUUCAGUAUCAAUUUAGUCAAAAGUCCUGGCCCGGAUGGUUAUGGUGCAGGAUUUUUCAAAGUUCUGUGGAAAGAUAUAGGCAAGGAAAUUUCUAUGGCUGUAUUAGAUUUCUUCAUCACUGGCAGAAUCCCUUCGGUUCUCAAUGACACUAUCCUAUCACUUAUCCCGAAAAGGUCCUUGGCCUAUAAUGUUCUCUUCUUGCAAGAUCUGAUUAAAGGAUACAAUAGGAAGAAUAGCUCUCCUCGAUGUGCUAUGAAAUUGGAUUUGAGUAAGGCUUAUGAUACCAUUGAUUGGGAUUUCUUGGAAAAUUUACUAAAUAUGUUUUGUUUUCCGAGUCGAUUCAUCAAUUGGAUUAUGGUGUGCUUGAGGGGAUCUUCUUAUUCUCUAGUUCUAAAUGGUAGGAUUCAAGGGAAUUUCAAGGGUGGGAAGGGGCUCCGAUAG